AUGAAUGGGUAAAUUAUUAAGAACUAUAUAUCAAAUAAAGGAAUCUCAUUUCAAUUAAGAAAAGCUUCCAAUGUAUAAGAGGUAGAAGAAGCAAUGAGAUUGAGAGCAGCUUACACUAAUGAAACCCCUUUUCAUUCUAAACACCCAAUUGAUUAGUAAUAGCUAGCCCUCCCAGAAUGGAUUAAAAUUGGAAAAACAAUCUUUGAAAGUAAAGGAGGUGAUGUUUUUUGUGCCUUCAAUCAAAAUAAUGAGAUUGUAUCGACCUUAAGUGGAUAUGAUGCAUUGUAGUCAUUUAGUAUGAAUCCAUAGUAUUUGACACCCUCGUAGAAAUUGUUGUCUGCAUAUUAUAAGGAUAUGCUGACAUAAUUACCUUAAAACUUAUUGAUUCCUGGAAAUUAUGUUUAUGGAGCAAUGGGUGCUACUAGACCAGACUGUAGAAUGAAUGGGCUAAUGAAAAGGCUGAUGUAUCUUUCAAUUUAAUAAUUCUAUGAGAAGAAUUUCAAGUAUUAUCUUGGGUUUUAUACAUCUAUUCAUAAUUACAAAUUAGGCUUGAGCCUAGGUUCAACUGUUAUUAAGUAUUACGAUAUGCCAGAAGACUCUAAUUAUGAAUGCUAUAAAGGCUAAGGGAUUUGUGUAGCGAUGAUUACUGAUUUAUAAGAGAUUAAUAAAUUGAUCAUCUAAUUUAAUGAUUCAUACUGA